GACUCAUUUGCACCUUGCACACAUAAAAAGGCUCCAUCACUUUUGGUCACAAAACUUUUAUGUAUAUAUUAACCUGAUGUUGAAGCCUUUCUACAACUAUGUGUGUAUCCAAGGAAAACUAUGUCACUUCUGGUUAGUAGACUUUUAUGUACAUAUGACUCCCCUGUUGGAACCUUUGUACAACUAUACUUGCCUAUGUAAACUCUGCAGAUACACUAUUACUGGACACUAAAUUAUGCUAGUUCAAUGUAACUUGCUACUUAUUGUAAUCUAAAUUUGUAGUACUACUGCUACUGCGUUGUUGGUAUAAAAAAAAUUACGCGCGCAGGCGCGCGCGUAACGCACUAGUUAGUACAAACGCCCAAGCAAACGUGCCGGUGGCUUUCCCGCGUCGUCCGUAUCCGGUGUGGGGGUCCACGCCGCAUAGAGGAACGGGAGAGAGGCGUGGCGCGAGGGCGAGGACAAAAGGCGCCUCGCGUCCCCUCCUCUCCUCGACUCCUCCCGCUCCCCCCACUCUAGUGCAGUGCAGUGCGCGCCAUUUCCUGCGCUCCUGAAUGCUCUGCCUCGCCUCGUCCUCAUCCUCGCCGAGCCGCGCCUCUGAUCUUCGUAACAGAGCAAGCUACCAAAGAGAAGCACAGCAGCGCACGCGCGGGCAGAGCUUUGUCGCCGUUGCAGCUUGUGUGUGUGCUUCACCCCGGCGCAGGGAGCCAUGGGGCGGCACAAGUUCCGGCUGUCAGACAUGAUGCCGAACGCGUGGUUCUUCAAGCUCCGGGACAUGCACGCACGGGGCGGCGGCGCGGCGGCGACCAGCCCCCGCGUGGCCGCGUCGCGGCCGCCCCCGAGCACGCCGAGGGCCGCGGCCUGGCUCCCGCACAGGGCGUCUCACUACUACACGCCUCGGGCAGGGGACCUCGGCGGCCUGGGCUCGCCGCUGCACCCCAGGGCCUCCGACACGCACUUCCCGCCGCUGCAGCUGUCGCCGCCGCGCCGGUCCAGGCGGCGCCACCGGAGGCGGUCCGUCAAGCUGGCGCCGCCGCCCUCGGCCAGCAGCAGCAGCAGCAGCGGCGUCGCGUCCUCGCCGGCCUCAGCCGCCUGCCGCUGCCGGCAAGAGCUCGUGGUGGUCGAGGCGCCCGACACCCCGCCGUGCCGCCGCGACAUUUUUGCCGGUUACAGUAGCGACGGCGACGACGAGUGCGUGAAGAAACCGACGGUCGCCGUCCGCGCUCACCACAGGCUCGACGGCAAGGUGAUCACUUCCGCCACGGAUAUCAUCUUCGACCUGCGGACCAAGAAGAGGCCCGCAAAGUCUCUCCCGCCGAUCGCGACCAAGCCGGCGACGAAGAGGGAGCCCGACGUGUGCCAGCUCGAGGACAAGCACAUCGACGUCCUCACACACGCGGCCCGACGCACCUCGCCAGCUGUCCCCGAGCAGAGCACGCUGAAGCCACGGCGGCGGUCCGUGUCGUCGGCGCGCCGCCUCAAGACGCGCGCGAACACCCCGCGCUUAGCGUCGCCGUCGUCCAAGAAGUGCAAGUCACCCACGACCACGACGGCCGCGCGCUCCCCGCCGCCUCCUCUGGCCAAGAGCUUCGCGGUGGUGAAGUCGUCGCGGGACCCGAGGCGGGACUUCCGGGAGUCCAUGGAGGAGAUGAUCGCGGAGAACGGCAUCCGCGCCGCCGCCGACCUCGAGGACCUCCUCGCGUGCUACCUGUCCCUCAACGCCGCCGAGUACCACGACCUCAUCGUCGAGGUGUUCGAGCACAUCUGGGUCACGCUCUCUGACGUCAAGGUGUAGUGUAGCUGCAGAGCUCAUGCAGAACGCAACGCACUCUUUUGCAUGGUGAAUUAAACGACCCCAAGAGCAAGAGUGGUGGUUGUAAAUCGUAAUUACGUUCCUGUCAAUGAUCCUAAAUUAGGUACGCAGAUAUAUUUGCUAAAUCCUGUGACGCCAACCAUGAUGUUGUUCUUCUUCUUCUUCUUUUUUACCUCGAUGAUACAGUGGCGCUUGGUUGGGCGGGCCUAACACGACACCUGCGCACUGUACCUACCAGGUACAGUACACUGUAACCGUAAGUGAUAUAUAUAUGCUGUGGGCGUGUGGUAUUAAUCUG